UGAAAUUCAUUAUUUAGAGCCUAUACUUAAAACCUCACAUCCUGUCGCGAUUUCCAAUUUGAAGACCCAUCGCCGGUUUGACGAACAGCGAAGAGCACCAGCCUCUCCAGCCAUCUUUGAAGUUUGAAGGCUCGACUCGAAGAGGUGAAGAGCUUCAACUUCAAGUGUAUUUCACUCUGUUUCUUUAUCAUUUUUUUUAGAAAGAAAGCUUUUGAGUUCUGUAAUUGAAUUUGAUAAUGGCUCGUGAAGAACCGGACGUGGAGGCUUUGAACGAAGCGAUAAGCUCCGCCCUCGUUUCCAAUGAUGAAGUUAAAGAGGGUGGUGGCGUGCAGAUCACGUGCUUCAGUGAAGUUGUGAACGACGUUGCUCUUCAUUUUCAAAUCCUACGCCUUCCCAAACAGAUAUAUGUGUGGAUUGGUUGUGACUCUGCCAAAUUGGGACGCAUAUAUGCAGCUGCACCUACACGACCUAAGGAUAUGAUUAGUGUUACUUCCAUACUUGGAGGAGCUUCUGAUAAUACAGGAGCUGGCAUUGCUCGACGAUUAGUGUUGAAGACUGGUCUCAAUAUAAUUUUGGCUUGCAACAUUCCUAAGAAUAGUCCCAUGCUUGAGGCAGAGGCUGAGAAGAUGUUGGUACAAAAGCUAAUACAGCUGGGUUACACGAGAGCAAAAGCAGAAGGAUCAUCCUCAUAGCAGGGUGCCUGGCAAACCUUGCUAUAAAAUGAAACAUGCAUUGGAUACAGUAGUCCAGUUGGCCCUGUUAGGCACACUAUUCCAAAAGGCAGGAGUCAUAGGGUCCAACCAAAGAGGGUGUUAUCGCUUUCAAAUUCUUCUCUUUUGAUUCUUCUUUAUUACAUUAAAUGCAGUGUAAAAUUUAUAUGAGCUAGAUGUUCUGUGGGGCAUUGAUGCAAUCCCUUGCCAACGACAACAAAAAGAAUGUCAUUGACCAUUCAAGUUCAAUAUAAUCUCUAUCAUGGCAGGGAAGGAUGAUAUAGGGAACUUGUUGAACAGCCAAUCCUUCUAGGUGCGUUAAUUUCUGCAGCUUUCAUUCUCUAUGUAUGAGUUUUUUUUAAGAGAACACUCUCUAUGUAUACUAGGAACUUUUUUUUAGAACAUGGUAAAAUCCAUUUUAUUGAUUUGGCUCAA